AUGCAGAAGCUCCACCCCCUCGUUCGUCCCGCCCAUUACCAGGGCAAGCGUCCGUCCUUCCAGGCGGCGUACGCCCGUGCUGCACGUCGUUACGGCUUUGAGACUGGCCGCAACGCCGGCUUCGCGAAGCGCAACAACGUUGUCGUCAAGGUCAAGUCCAAGCACAACAAGGAGACCCAGCACGAAGUCCCUGCCGACUCCAUCCAGAAUGUAAGUGCCUUGGACACGCCUGCGCGACAUGACGUCGGCAUGAACGCAUGUUCACAUCCCCAUGUUUUAUUCUCUAGCAUGGAAUACGUUGUCCCGGUCAAGAUUGGAACCCCUGGCGUCACUCUGAACCUUGACUUCGACACCGGUUCGUCGGACCUCUGGGUCUGGAGCUCCGAGCUUGCUAACGUCAAGAGGAACGCCGAGGGUCACAACAUCUACGACCCCUCCAAGUCCUCCACUGCCAAGAAGGCGUCCGGCAGUUGGAACAUCAGCUACGGUGAUGGCUCUUCCGCGUCUGGCAACGUCUACACCGAUACCGUCACCAUCGGCGACCUCGCUAUUCCCGGGCAGGCUGUCGAGCUCUCUGAGAAGCUGAGCUCGAGCUUCCUUCAGGACAACGGCAACGACGGUCUCCUCGGUCUUGCUUGGCCCUCGAUCAAUACCGUCACGCCCAAGCCGGUUGCGACUCCGGUCGAGAACUUGAUCAACAAGAAGCUCAUCAAUCCGCCUGUCUUCACUGUCAAGCUCACCCGUGGCGAUACUGAGGCUGGCUUCUACUCGUUCGGUUUCAUCGACACCUCCGUGACCUCUAACCCCAUCACGUACACUUCGGUUGACAACUCGCAGGGCUUCUGGCAGGUCCCGUCGGCCUCAUGGUCCCUCGGUGGCUCCAAGAAGGAGCGCUCCGGCAACACCACCAUCCUCGACACCGGCACUACUCUCCUCCUUGUCUCUGACGACGUCGUAGACGCCUUCUAUGGCGCCAUUGACGGUGCGAAAUACGACGACCAGCAGGGGGGUUACAUUUUCCCUUCGAGCGCCACCAUUCCCGACAUAGAAUUCGCUGUUGGUGACCAGCUCUACAAGGUCAACCCUCAGGACAUCACGUUCGGCGACGCUGGUAAUGGUUACGUCUUCGGUGGUAUCCAAAGCCGUGGCAACAUGGACUUCGACAUCUUCGGUGAUAUAUUUUUGAAGUCCGUCUACGUCGUCUUCAACCAAGGCGAGACCAAGGUCGGUCUUGCCCAGCGCGACGACUAG